AUAGGGUCUCUACAAACCUCGCUCCUGCCAUUUCCAACGAACAAAAUGCAUUAAGCCAGCCAGCGAGGAUAUUCAGAACUUCUCUCGUCUCUCUCGAAAUUCCACUGCUAAGAAAUCCAUAAGCUCGAAGCGAAAAUGGUGUUGGUGAAAGGCCCGGGUCUGUAUCCUGAUAUUGGCAAGAAAGUCAGAGAUCUUCUUUACAAGGAUUAUCUCGCCGAUCAAAAGUUUACUCUCACUACCAACACGGAAGAUGGUUUGGUUAUUACCUCUAAUGGCAUUAAGAAGGGCAAUGUUCUUCUUGCUGAUAUCAACACACAGUUGAAGAACAAAAACAUCACUACUGAUGUUAAGGUGGAUACCACCUCCAAGGUUAUGACAACUUUUACUGUCGAUGAGCCUGCGCCUGGAGUGAAGGCCAUCAUCAGCUUCGUUGUUCCUGACCAAAAGUCCGGCAAGGUGGAGCUUCAAUAUUGGCAUGAGUACGCCGGAAUCAGUACCAGUCUUGGAAUGUCGGCAAAGCCCAUUGUUAACUUUUCGGGGGUUGCUGGAAAUCAAAAAGCUGCUUUUGGAACUGAGGUUUCCUUCGAUACGGCUACCGGAAGUUUUACAAAAUACAACACUUCUCUCAGCAUUACGGCCAACGACCUAAUUGCUUCGCUCGCACUGAACGAGAAAGGCGACACCAUUUCCUCGUCCUACUACCACGCCGUGAACCCCUUGACGGCAGUUGGCGCAGAAUUCACUCACAGAUUUUCGACCAACGAAAAUGUCCUCACCUUCGGCACGCAGCAUUAUCUGGAUCCUCGAACCUCUGUUAAAGCGCGGCUGAACAGCCACGGCAAAGCGAGCGCUCUUAUCCAGCACGAAUGGCGCCCGAAAUCUCUUGUCACGAUUUCCGGCGAAGUCGACACCCGGACCGUCGAUCAUCUUGCCAAGGUUGGACUGUCUGUAGCUCUUAAACCGUGAAAUUUAGACUCAUUGUUUUUCCAUCUACAAGAUUUCGAGCAGGCAAUAAAGUAGCUAUAGGCUUGAUUCUGGCAUCAAGUUUUGAGCUUGGAUCAUUGUUGUGUACUUAAAUUGUAUGUUCUUCUUGAGUUGUUGAAAGAAAUAAUUCUUACAGGAGGAAAACCUUUGGCAGGAAAAGAUGUAUUCGUUUCGAGGAUUGUAUAAAUAAUGAUUUUGAGUAUCAGCAAAGUGAUUGAAAUUUCAGUUAGAA